AUGGCUCUUUUGAUAAAGGCGUUUGUUGCCAAGAUCUAUAUGCUAGAACUCUGGAAAUCUGAUUAUUUGCCGCGCCUGCAGCAGAAAUGGUUGAACUCCCGAGAGUGUCCUACACUUAGGAGAGAAGCAGCCAAGGGGUUGUUUCCCACCAAGGACGACCCGUCUGCGUGCACGCGGAUGAGCCCAUCAGACAAAGACAUACUCAUUCUCUGCUGCAAACUUGGCAUAGCUCUGCUUUGCCUGGGGCUAUUGGGGGAAGUUGCGGUUCGUGCUCGCAGGGCUCUCACCCUUGACUCUUUUAAUAGCUCUUCUGUGCAAGAUUACAAUCUAAACAAUUCGGAGAACUCGACCUUCCUCCUGGGGCAAGGACCACAGCCAACUUCCUCUUACAAGCCACACCGAUUUUAUCCUUCAGAAAUAGAAAUAAGAAUGCUUGCUAAAAAUUAUAUUUUUACCAAUAAGACCAAUCCAAUAGGUCGAUUAUUAAUCACUAUGUUAAGAAAUGAAUCGUUACCUUUUAGUACUAUUUUUACUCAAAUUCAAAGGUUAGAAAUGGGAAUAGAAAAUAGAAAGAGACGCUCAACCGCAGUCAAAGAACAGGUGCAAGGACUAUCGGCCACAGGCCUAGAAGUAAAAAAAGGAAAAAGGAGUGUGUUUGUCAAAAUAGGAGACAGGUGGUGGCAACCAGGGACUUAUAGGGGACCUUACAUCUACAGACCAACAGAUGCCCCGUUACCAUAUACAGGAAGAUAUGACUUAAAUUUUAAUAGGUGGGUCACAGUCAAUGGCUAUAAAGUGUUAUACAGAUCCCUCCCCUUUCGUGAAAGACUCGCCAGAGCUAGACCUCCUUGGUGUGUGUUAACUCAGGAAGAAAAAGACGACAUGAAACAACAGAGGGUCCCCCCGCAGACCCCGGUGACCCUCAGGUCGGCCGACUGCGGCAGCUGGCGCCCGAACAGGGACCCUCGGAGUAGUGACCCUUGUCUCUAUUUCUACUAUUUGGUGUUCGUCUUGUAUUGUCUCUUUCUUGUCUGGCUAUCAUCACAAGAGCGGAACGGACUCACCACAGGGAGCUGCAGUCCCGCCUACGGAGAAGAGGAUGCCGAAUCACCAAUUUGGGUCCCCGACCGGUUCAUCCGACCUUUCACUGAGCGGAAGGGAUCGACGCCCACGACUAGCACUGCGGAGAAAACGCCGCCGCGAGAUGAGAAGGAUCACCAAGAAAGUCCGGAAAAUGACCCUAGACCCCAUCAAAGAAAAGACGGCUUGACAACAACUGCAGGCGUUGAUCUCCGAAGCGGAGGAGGUUCUUAAAACCUCACAAACUCCCCAAACCUCUUUGACCUUAUUUCUUGCUUUGUUGUCUGUCCUCGGCCCCUUGCCUGUGACCGGGGAAAGUUAUUGGGCUUACCUACCUAAACCACCAAUUCUCCAUCCUGUGGGAUGGGGAAGUACAGACCCCAUUAGAGUUCUGACGAAUCAAACCAUGUAUUUGGGGGGCUCGCCUGACUUUCACGGGUUUAGAAAUAUGUCUGGUAAUGUACAUUUUGAGGGGAAGUCUGAUACACUCCCCAUUUGCCUUUCCUUCUCCUUUUCUACCCCAACGGGCUGCUUUCAAGUAGAUAAGCAAGUAUUUCUUUCUGAUACACCCACGGUUGAUAAUAAUAAACCUGGGGGAAGGGGUGAUAAAAGGCGUAUGUGGGAACUUUGGUUGACUACUUUGGGGAACUCAGGGGCCAAUACAAAACUGGUCCCUAUAAAAAAGAAGUUGCCCCCCAAAUAUCCUCACUGCCAGAUCGCCUUUAAGAAGGACGCCUUCUGGGAGGGAGACGAGUCUGCUCCUCCACGGUGGUUGCCUUGCGCCUUCCCUGACCAGGGGGUGAGUUUUUCUCCAAAAGGGGCCCUUGGGCUACUUUGGGAUUUCUCCCUUCCAUCGCCUAAUAUAGAUCAGUCAGAACAAAUUAAGAACAAAAAGGACCUAUUUGGCAAUUAUACUCCCCCUGUCAAUAAAGAAGUUCAUCGAUGGUAUGAGGCAGGAUGGGUAGAACCUACUUGGUUCUGGGAAAAUUCUCCCAAAGAUCCCAAUGAUAGAGACUUUACUGCUUUAGUUCCCCAUACUGAAUUGUUUCGCUUAGUUGCAGCCUCAAGACAUCUUAUUCUUAAAAGGCCAGGAUUCCAGGAACAUGAGAUGAUUUCAACGUCUGCCUGUGUUACUUAUCCUUAUGCCAUAUUAUUAGGAUUACCUCAAUUAAUAGAUAUAGAGAAAAGAGGAUCUACUUUUCAUAUUUCCUGUUCCUCUUGUAGGUUAACUAAUUGUUUAGAUUCUUUUGCCUACGACUAUGCAGCGAUCAUAGUCAAGAGGCCGCCAUAUGUGCUGCUACCUGUAGAUAUUGGUGAUGAACCAUGGUUUGAUGAUUCUGCCAUUCAAACCUUUAGGUAUGCCACAGAUUUAAUUCGCGCUAAGCGAUUCGUCGCAGCCAUUAUCCUGGGCAUAUCUGCUUUGAUUGCUAUUAUCACUUCCUUUGCUGUAGCUACCACUGCCUUAGUUAAGGAGAUGCAAACUGCUACGUUUGUUAAUAAUCUUCAUAGAAAUAUUACAUUAGCCUUAUCUGAACAAAGAAUAAUAGAUUUAAAAUUGGAAGCUAGACUUAAUGCUUUAGAAGAAGUAGUUUUAGAGUUGGGACAAGAUGUGGCGAAUUUAAAAACCAGAAUGUCCACUAGGUGUCAUGCAAAUUAUGAUUUUAUCUGUGUCACACCUUUGCCAUAUAAUGCUUCUGAGAGCUGAGAAAGAACCAGAGCUCAUUUGUUGGGCAUUUGGAAUGACAAUGAGAUUUCAUAUAACAUACAGGAGUUAACCAACCUGAUUAGUGAUAUGAGCAAACAACAUAUUGACGCAGUGGACCUCAGUGGCUUGGCUCAGUCCUUUGCCAAUGGAGUAAAGGCUUUAAAUCCAUUGGAUUGGACACAAUAUUUCAUUUUUAUAGGAGUUGGAGCCCUGCUUUUGGUCAUAGUACUUAUGAUUUUCCCCAUUGUCUUCCAGUGCUUUGCGAAGAGCCUUGACCAGGUGCAGUCAGAUCUUAACGUGCUUCUUUUAAAAAAGAAAAAAGGGGGAAAUGCCGCGCCUGCAGCAGAAAUGGUUGAACUCCCGAGAGUGUCCUACACUUAGGAGAGAAGCAGCCAAGGGGUUGUUUCCCACCAAGGACGACCCGUCUGCGUGCACGCGGAUGAGCCCAUCAGACAAAGACAUACUCAUUCUCUGCUGCA